AUGUCUCUCUUUGGCAACACAUCAACAAACACCGCCGCUAAACCACUUUUUCAGCUGAACACAUCCACACAAUCGACGGGCGGUGGCGGAGGCCUCUUUGGUGCAAGUCAAGCGAAACCGAACCCCUUUGGACUGAGUACAACCCAGAACCAGACACAAGGCUCUUCGAUAUUUGGCACGUCGCAACCAGCGCAGAACAACACCCAAGCGACGAAACCCGGAACGUUUACUUUCGGCGCCAGCCAGCAACAAAAUGAUGCAAAUCAGCAACCACAGCGACCCCUAGACCAAACACUCCGCUUUGGCAAUGCCUCAAUAAACAGUCAGCAAGCGGCGCAGUCGCUAUGGGAAGAAGGACGAGGACUGGGCGUCUAUCGCUCAAUACCCGCGCAGAUGGAGAUCAUCAAAGACAAGUGGGACGCUGCAACCGUGCAAUCGCCGCUGCGUACAUAUCUCUAUCAGCAUGUUGGUGACGAGAAGGAGGCUCUACAGUAUCGCCCAGAUCCCAACUACGAAGAUGAGAACAAAUGGGAAGAAGCUGUGGCGAAGAGACCUGGACCUACGUGGGUGCCACUUUUGGUGAGAGGGUUCAAAGAGAUGGGACUGAAAGCUCAGCGACAGGUGGAAACGAUUGGAAAGUGUAACAUGCUACUGCGCGAAAUCAACACGUCUCUCGAACUUCAGAUCGAUACACAUAAUCAGAAAGUUGCGGCGAGGUUAGCCGAGUGCAAGCGAAGACAGCAAGCUACAAGCAAGCGCACACUGGCGUUAGCGGCGAAGGUACAGAUUUUGCGGAACAAGGGCUACGUUAUGGACAAUGCCGAAGAAGAGCUCAGAUCACGACUAGACAAGCUCGAGCGUGAUGUUCUGGAUCCUGGCCUCGAUGCCAGAGAGCAAGAGAUCUGGGCUCGAAUGCUCGGCAUCCGGGAAAGAGCAAAGCGAUUGAAGGCCGAGAUGGACAAGAUCACACCAGAGGCGGCCAACGAAGAACCAGUGCUGGACGAGAACACCGUCAAGCAGGCGAAAGAGAUUCUCGAAGCUUAUGAGACACAGCUUAGACAUUUGCACAAAGAGCUACAAUUGGUUCAACAGGAGUAUGGUGAUUGGGAGAAGCUUUCGAAAGGCAAGGACGCCGAUCUGUUACGGCGGAGGUGA